AUGCUAAUACAGGACGAACUCUUUAAUUACCGCCGGGCAAUAAUUGGCAGUCAGAACCUUAAAGGGAAAGUGACCGGUGAGACACAGCAGUUUACUGUUAUCGUUGAGCGCAGCAAGAUAAAUGUCGCCAUUGGGGGUGAUGGGCUUUUUUCAGUGCGGCCGUCAUCCACCGUCAGCAGUGGAAGCUGGAGUUUUGAUGGGGAAACAAUCGCUCAGUGGAUCGGUCAGAACGGGUCAGUAAGUAAUGAGUACGAAUCGUGGGCAGAGUUAUUUCCACAAAACGGGUCGCUUCUGCUGAAGUCGGUCAACAUGUCAGAUAGCGGGGAAUACCGUGUGUAUAUGGUUCCAACGAAUGGCUCCCAAACUUCAGCGACCGUCACUCUGUGUGUCAUGGAACCUGUUUCCAAUGUCAUUGUUACAUCUAAUGCCAGCAGACUGAUUGAGUACAACGACACCGUCAGACUAACCUGCUCCGCAACAGGCACGGAUGUCUCUUACCUGUGGCUUGAGGAGAAUAACAAGAUAAUUCCUGGCGGCAGGAUUGAUCUGAAUGAAGAUAACAGCACACUCACUGUUUCAGGGGUGCUACGGACCGACGGAAGUUUCUCCUGCAGAGCAAGCAACUUGAUUAACGAAAUCACAAGCUCUCCGUUUUCCCUUGAUGUCAACUUAUCCCGCCCAGGAGCUGAAUUGAAUUGGCAACUGAACGGUGCCCACCUGCAAAGUGGGCGGAAGGUCAUCCUCGACAAUAUCUCUGUGAGCCACACGGGAAAGUAUACUUGUGAGGCCUAUAACAUGGUUACAAAAAGGAUCAAUGCCUCAACCACGCAAAUCAAUGUUUUCGGACCAGUGACUGGGGUUUCUGUGGUGGCCAAUAAUCCCACUCCCCUGGAAAAACUCGAUGCCAUCGCACUGAGUUGUGACGCUUCAGGCACUGUUCAGACACGGACAUGGGUCAAGGAUAAUCAACCCAUCUGGGAAAACGGCAGAAUAUUUACAUCUACGGACAAGGCGAAACUGGCUAUAAUCAGUGUUACCAGAAACGACGCAGGGACGUACAAAUGCAUCGCCAGCAACUCUUUCAGCAGUGGCGCUGGAAAGACCUACGUGGAAGUUUACUCACCAAAAACAGAUGACAAUUGUACCCUCACCGCUGGCGUGACCGUGGGCAUUGUACUUGGUUUACUUGUCAUGAGCCUGUUUGGAGGAUUCAGUGGAUGGCUGUUCGCAAGAAAAACUGGCGGUUUAUUCAGGAUCAAAGAUCCACCGAAAUGCAAAUAUGGCAAGAGCAAAAAUUCCGGAAGGAAAAGCGCCUUUGAUACAAAGACCGUAAACUCAUCGGAAUAUUAUGAAAAUGUCCAAAUGGAUGAACAGGGCGCAAGUAUCAACGCGCAGGAUGAAAACUCCACUUACACGGGUCUAAUCCUGGAGUAUCGAUCGAUUUACGGUGAUCUGAAGAGGAUACCUUCCUUGCCUGCUUGUGAGAUUCUUGCAGAGACAGCAGGGCCGGACCGAGGCCUGAUGGACGGCCGGGUCCCUACAAGGGGAGAUAAAAAGCAGGUCUGCGAAGAUGCAG